AGAAGCGGUACUUCCUCUGACUCUCCGGACACAACUUCCCCUCAGGAGGGAGAACUUCCAUCGAACGAAAUGGAGAGCAAAAGACCGCGACUGCUGGAGGAAGCAGACAAGCAGAAAAAGACAGUCAGAGCGGGACUGAAUGCACCUUCCAUGCUACGAAAGAACCAGCUAGGUUUCCUCAGAUUCGCCAACUAUUGCCGUUUAGCUCGCGAGCUGCGUGUAAGCUGCAUGCAGAGGAAAAAGGUCCAGAUUCAUAGCGGGGAUCCCUCCUCUUUGGCAAGCGACCGAUUUAACCGCAUACUGGCGAAUACCAACACUGACCAGCUCUUCACAGUGAACGAAGUCGAAGCUGGAGGCUCCAAGUACGGCAUCAUCACCAUGCGAGGCCUGACGACCCCUGAGCUCCGGGUAUACCCUCACAAAAGCCUCUACGUCCCUAAUCGGAAGGUGAAUUCUAUGUGCUGGGCCUCACUGAAUCACUUGGAUUCCCACCUUCUGCUGUGCUUCGUGGGACUUGCAGGUAUUCCAAGCUGUGCCGUGCUGCUCCCAGCGUCACUGUUCGUAGGUAGCUACCCAGGAAUACGUCGGCCUGGCAUGCUCUGCAGUUUCCAGAUCCCUGAUGCCUGGUCCUGUGCCUGGUCCCUGAGCAUCCACGCAUAUCACUGCUUCAGUACAGGCUUGUCUCAGCAGGUCCUGUUGACCAACGUGGUAACGGGACACCAGCAGUCAUUUGGGACUAGCAGUGAUGUCUUGGCCCAGCAGUUUGCAAUCAUGACUCCUUUGCUGUUUAAUGGCUGUCGCUCUGGGGAGAUCUUUGGCAUUGAUCUGCGCUGUGGAAAUCAAGGCAGGGGGUGGAAGGCCAUUUGCCUGUCCCAUGAUUCAGCAGUGACCUCUGUGCAAAUCCUCCAAGAAGGGCAAUUCCUGGUGGCAUCAGACAUGACUGGAACGAUCAAGCUGUGGGACUUGAGGGCCACUAAAUGUGUAACACAGUACGAAGGUCAUGUGAAUAACUCCGCCUACCUGCCCCUGCAUGUGAACGAGGAAGAAGGAGUCGUGGCGGCCGUGGGCCAGGACUGCUAUACGAGAAUCUGGAGCCUCCGUCAUGGCCACCUGCUCACAACCAUACCCUCUCCAUACCCCGCCUCAGAGAACGACAUUCCCAGUGUGGCCUUCUCUUCUCGCCUCGGGGGCUUCCGAGGAGCACCAGGGCUGCUCAUGGCUGUCCGGGAGGACCUUUAUUGUUUCUCCUACGGUUAAUUCUUCAGGGUGCAGCCCGGAGGAACGUGGAUUUGACUUAAAGGAGUAAAGAGUAUCGUAUUACCGUUUCUAUGAGCGCGUUUUAAGAGAUGUUCGGUGUUUGUAGAUCCCAUCCAUCCGGCUGCUAGGGGUAAGGUGCUGUUUUAUGUGAAGAUAGUUCUGUAAAGUUGUUUCAGUUAAACUGGGCUUAGAGAGCUUGAAAGUCCUUUUCAUAAAAGAUAACUAUUUCCUUUUCUUGUUGAAUACCUUAGAAUAGUUAUCCCCCCCCUUUUUUUUUUUAACAAAAAAAUACUUUUCUAAGGACUGAAGAUUGGCAGAAACUAAAAUAAAUUAAAACUACUUUCACCAGAAGCCUUUUAGAGAAGCAUGAGACUAUUUGACUAGUCCUACCUGGGUUCCAGAAAUACAUACAUCAUCUGUACUUGAAGAGGCCAGUGGGAAAGGAGAGGAGGGGGGAGGUCAUUUAUCUGGGUCUCUACAGAAGUUUUUAAGGCUACAUUUUGGAAUCAUUAAACUUGGCCUUCUCAAACUCAAUAGCAGAUCUCUGAGAUUCUCCUUUUAUUAUUUUCCAUAGGCAAUGGGAGGAAAGGUGGAUCUUUUUAAAUAAUAAAAGUUUUAAACAGUCCUUAACGUGCUUUUGUUGAGGCAUCUUCCAGAAUGUAAGGUACAGCAGCUCCGGUUUCUAUUAUUGUGACUUGAAUGUCAGAUUCAAGGGCUCAGUGUCAAAGAUAAUUGGCUUUGACUUUUUGUAAUCUAGGAGCGGCAGUUUGUGAGAUGUUUAUUCAAAGUGUUAGCCUGUUUUUCUACCAACAAUAAGCUAGAAAAGACAAAAAAAAAAAAACCAAAAACGUGUAAUAAAGUUAUUGGCUACUGCUUAAUAGCGAAAGCCUGGAAAUGAUCUGACUUUACAGUAUGCUAAGAUUGAUAAAUAAUUUGUGCUGUAAUCAUACAAUUGGAUAAAGCGUAAUAUAAAAUAAGGCACAAUUGCUAUAUGAAACUGGAUUAAUCUCAACAUGAUUGUAAAUGUAGGUAGAAAUGAGUACAAACUGAUUCAGUUCUAAAGUUCAAAAGCAGUAAAAGCUCAUCUAUGGUGAUUACAGUUGAAUAGUAGGUAUCUCUGUGGAAGGAAGAAAGGAUAUUGUUUGUUUUUUUCCCUUUUAUUUUUAGGAUAUUGUUUGGGAAGUAACAUGGGGAAACUUUAGAAAUGCUGUUUUCUUUUUCUUGAUUCUUGAUACAUACAUAUUUUGUAUGUCUAUACAUGUCACACUUUAUAUAAUACCUCAAAAAUAAAAAUAUGAAAACAGUACACUGUUCUAGUUGGUCAGGCAAGGGAAUGAUGAUGGCUUGGACCUGACUAUGAGAAGUAGAAAUAAUCAGAAAAAUAGAAAUGAUUGCAUUGGAAGAUCAUUCGAAGGUAUUAUUAGUAAGACUUGCUGAUGAGAGUAAUUUAGAAAGUGAAAGACAGCAUAAAGAUUGCAGCUUUUUUGUUAACUUUAGGACUGGUGGAUGGUUGGUGUCAUUUACUAAAAUGGGGAGGAUUUGAGGUGAAAAAAUUUUAGGUGAAGAGAAUAAUGCUGAGUUUUAGGCAACUAUUAAAACGUCCAAUUCUGUAGAUUGGAGGUGAUGUCAGGAUAUAAAUGACGUUAAUGUAAUAUUACAUAUUGAUAGAGGAAUAGAUCAAUAGAGAAGGUACAAAAGAGUGGUUAGGUGCUUAGAUUUUUGAAAUCAGUUAAAUUAGUUUUUGAUACUUGAUGUGUGACAGGAGAAAUUCUGUAAGCUGUACUUGUGUGACGGGAAAUUGUGUAAGCUGUACUUGUUAUUUCUUUGUAAAAUGUCUUAGAUAAUAAAACUAAAUCAUAAAGUAGAUAUUGGUUUAAAGGAUGUAUACAUUGUCCCUUUUACAUUGUAAGCAUUCAAUAAGAACUAGCUGCAGAUGUAAUUUUUUUUAAAAAGUCCAAAAGCAGCUAUGGGCAGUUGACAAAAGAAAACGUAACGACUAAGUAACUUGCGAAUCUGUUUACCCUCACUUGCAAAUAAAAUAAGUGCAAAUAAA